UCCCAGCAGGCUCCGCGCUCCCAGGAGCCCCAUUUCCAUGGUAACGGUUGCGUCAUCUAUUCGCGCCCAACUCUCCGGCGGGGAAUCCAGGAAAAGAGGCCUCGGAGUUGUUUGGGUGGGUCCCUGGCGGUACAGCAGGACAAACAAAGAGGCAGAAAUGGCGCUGGUGUCGGCGGAUACGAGAAUCUCGGAGCUACUCAGUGAGUUGCACCAACUCAUCAAACAGACUCAGGAGGAACGGUCGAGGAGUGAGCACAACCUGGUGAAUAUACAGAAGACUCACGAGCGCAUGCAGACUGAGAACAAGAUCUCCCCCUAUUACCGCACCAAACUGCGAGGUCUCUACACCACAGCGAAGGCUGAUGCUGAGGCAGAGUGCAACAUCCUGCGCAGGUCCCUGGAUAAAAUCGCUGAGAUCAAGUCUCUGCUGGAGGAACGGCGCAUCGCUGCCAAGAUAGCCGGCCUCUAUCACGACUCUGAACCCCCUCGCAAAACCAUGAGACGCGGCGUGUUAAUGACUCUGCUGCAGCAAUCCGCCAUGACUCUGCCUCUCUGGAUCGGGAAACCGGGGGACAAGCCUCCCCCUCUCUGUGGCGCCAUCCCAGCGGCCAGCGAUUAUGUGGCCAAACCAGGAGACAAGGUGGCAGCGAGGGUUAAGGCGGUGGAUGGAGACGAGCAGUGGAUCCUAGCGGAAGUGGUCAGUUACAGCCAUGCGGCUAACAAGUAUGAAGUGGAUGAUAUUGACGAGGAGGGUAAAGAACGUCACACGCUGAGCCGCCGGAGAAUCAUCCCUCUGCCCCAGUGGAAAGCCAACCCUGAGACUGACCCAGAGGCUCUGUUCCAGAAAGAUCAGCUGGUGCUGGCUCUGUACCCCCAGACCACCUGCUUCUACCGGGCACUGAUCCACACUCAUCCGCAGCGGCCGCAGGACGACUACUCGGUGCUGUUUGAGGACACCUCCUAUGCUGAUGGAUAUUCUCCCCCUCUGAAUGUCGCCCAGAGGUACGUGGUGGCCUGUAAAGAGCCAAAGAAAAAGUGACGUUUCCAGCGGCCGGAUCAACCAUGGAACACUAGCCCAACAGCGGAUCACUUACUAGCCACACACAACCAGGUGCAACUUAUUCCUCUCAGUGUUGUUACUGUGCUUCUGACUUCACCUGGACUUUACAUGUGAUUCCAUUGACUCUUCCCUCCGAUUAUGGACUUGCACUGCCUAACUGCCCUUUCCCGACACUUUACCAAACUUUUUUUUCUUUACCUCCUCCUAUUUUUUUUUUUUACCGCAAAAUGUAUAGUUCAGAUAUUAAAGAACCUGGAACCAG